ACCCACUCAAAUGCUGCGAGGUCCAUUGCAAUUACAAGAGAGGGUCCCCAACUCCAACUCCCCCCAUGGUAAGCCUAAAACCUCAAUCUAAUCCGAAGGCCAUAAACCUCAGCAGCAAAAGACAAUUACGGGCGCACAGGGACUCAACCCCACCCCACCUCUCUCAGCAGCCAGCAGACUCAGCACAAGAAACAAAGUGUGACUCAGAUAUUUAGAAUUCAUCACCAUUAAAUGCUUUUUCUUUUGUGCAUCAGUCUCUGUGAUUGCUGUUGAUGUUGUCAUGUCUUUGACUCCAUGACACCCUCUUAAUCUCUCACUCUCUCGUAUCAAUCGCCUAAAUUCAGUUGUUUUUUUUUUUUCUUUUUAAUAAUUUUUUAUGGGUGUUUUUGCUGAUGCCUAUGCCCUAAAGGACAACAAAAACUAGACAUUUACUGCCUGCUGCUACUACAACUCAUGGCUACAACUACAACCCACCUCAAAAUCCAAACCCAACCCAUUAAACCUAAGCGUCGGAGGUGUCGAGAAACUACCAUUUCUGCUACUGCUUCGGCCGUCGCCACCGUUGGUGCCGCUGCCGAGUCGUCUGUUGGCCAUUUGGGUCAGGUGGGUCGGAAGCUUGAUCCGCCCACUGUGGUGUCUUCUGAGAGUUCUUGGUGUUGUCCCGCUUCUAAACCCUUUCCCGUUGGGCCUCCUCCGCCACCGCCGCCACCACCACUUCCGCGGCUGCCGACGGCGCUUCAGCGUCGUGGGGUCACCUCCUUGAGUUCGAGCCAAGAAACGGAACUAGUUCAGGGCAGCAUUGCUUCGUCUCCUUCGGAGUCUCCGUCUCCGUCACUGGCACCGUCGACGUUUAAGAUCCGAUUCUCGCCGGGCACGAACUCGCCUGUGAUGGACUUCACGCCGAUUUCAGGGACUGCCAUCAACGGCGGGGCCGCCCACGACUCGUUCCCUUCGAGCUUCAGUAAAUUCAACUCCGCCCUCACCGCGGGGCUGCUGAACCCAAUGUCUCCGCCUCCGCCGCCUCCGUCCGAAAAAACCCGAUCGAGCCCGACCCUUUUCGAGAUGAUGGCGAGCGAGCCGGAAUGUCAGCCGAGGCCCCAGAUCGCGCCUAGUAUGGGCCCCGUAUCGGUUCUAAGGCCUCCAAUUUCGGUUCAGGACAAGAGUGCGUUGAUGAUGCAACGAAUAUCGGAGAUUCUAGCGAGUCGCAGUCCCGGAAACCAGUUCAACGACAUGUCUUCUAGUGAUAUAAAGCUGACUUUGAGCUCAAAAGAUGGUGUCAGCGUUUCCAUGAGCGUUCAUCGGCAAAUCCUUGUGGCUCACAGUAGAUUUUUUGCGGCGAAGCUCUCGGAUCGGUGGACGAGACAGCAGCAGCGAUCUGCGAGUCCCUACAUUGUGGAGAUUGCGGAUUGUGAUGAUGUUGAGAUUUAUAUUGAAACGCUACGUUUGAUGUAUUGUAAGGAUCUGAGGAAGAAGCUCAUGAAGGAAGAUGUGUCCAGGGUUCUUGGGAUAUUAAAGGUUUCAGCUGCUAUCGAGUUUGAUGCGGGUGUCUUAUCUUGUUUGGAGUACUUGGAAGCGGCUCCAUGGGCUGAAGAUGAAGAAGAGAAGGUGGCUGCUCUGCUAUCAGAGCUCCGCCUUGAAGGUGUUGUUGCAGGAGAAGUCCUGAAGAGGGUUUCUGUUGAAGUUACUGCUGGAACUGAAGAGAGUAAUGAAAAUGAAGAAGUGCUUCUCAAGCUUUUGCAUGUAGUUCUCGAAGGCAAAGAUGAGAAGGCAAGGCGGGAGAUGAAAGGAUUAGUGUUAAAAAUGCUUCGGGAGAAUGCUUCUCAGAAUGAUUUAAGGAAGGAGUCUCUGUACUCAGCUUGUGAUGGCUGUUUGGAAUUACUUCGCCUCCAUUUUUUGCGGGCAGCAGCAUCGGACUUGCAGCAUGUAGGUCAGAUUGCACGCCAAGCUGAUAAUUUGCAUUGGAUUUUGGAUAUUUUGAUUGAUAGACAGAUUGCAGAGGAUUUUUUGAAGACGUGGGCAUCGCAAUCUGAAUUGUCUCAUGCACACUCUAAAGUCCCUGUAGUUCAUAGGUAUGAGGUGAGUAGAGUCACUGCUCGGCUGUUUGUUGGGAUUGGAAAGGGGCAGCUCUUGGCUUCAAAGGAUGCUAGGUGCUUGCUUUUGCAGACUUGGUUGGUGCCAUUUUAUGAUGAUUUUGGGUGGAUGAGGAGGGCAUCAAAGGGCCUUGAUCGACACUUAGUUGAGGACGGUCUCAGCAAUACCAUUCUUACUCUUCCUCUAGCUUGGCAACAGGAAAUCUUGCUUGCUUGGUUUGACCGGUUUUUGAAUUCUGGUGAAGAUUGUCCCAAUAUACAGAGGGGGUUUGAAGUGUGGUGGAGGAGGGCAUUUUGGAGAAGACAUGGUAAGACAGAACGGCCUCGACAGUUGCGCAUCACAACUGCAACCAUUGAGAACUCAUGAAACUUAAAGAAGUUAUGACUCUGCCCACUGGAACUAGUGAAGUUCAACAAUUCCAUGAUGCAUGGGAUGAUUCUGCUCUGCUGGGUCUGUCCCCAGUUGCCCUCUUGUGAUCAUGUGGUCCAGAUUUGACAAUAAAUGUUGUUUUUUCAAGGCUUUCCUUUCUGGACUGGAUACAGAAAUUCUUUGGGGAGGAGUUGAAUUUCAGAAGAUUUAGAAUGAUGUGUUUGUUUGAUACAUAUAGCCAGGUUUAGUGUGGAAAAAGAUAAGUGUCCCAGUCACAACUUCAAUAUUAUGUUGGGAAUAAACUCUAUAGAAAUUGGCCUUUUCUGUUCACUAUGAUGCUUAUAUCAAUCUUUUUCUAUCUUACCAUAUUUUUGAAUUUGGCAUUUUAGCAAGACAAGGUUGUUAUGCUCACCUUGAAUGAAAUAUCAAAUUCGAUCAUCAUUGAGAAUUAUGUCUCUCAAGGACAAGAACUUUUAUCUUGGCAAACCAUUAUUAAUGAGCUUGGACUGGUGGUUAGUUCACAGGGAGCUUGGUAAACCAUUCAUGGAGUAUGAUUGGAUAAUACUGGAAAUGCAGGUUGGUACACUCUUCAUCAACCUUCAAAUCUAAUAAUCAGUUCUCACCAUGUGAAAUUCAGUGAAAGCCCGAGUCCACCAAUGUGCGGAGACAAAAGGUUCAUGAGGGUCUAAGGUAAGCCUUUCUGAUCCAAGAUUUCCUGUAAUUUCAUGAGAGCUCAUAUGAGGUGUUGCAGGUUGAAACUAAAAAUAUGAGUUUCAGGGGAAUUUGAUUACAAUUUCUUGUGCAUCAGAGUGAUGGUGAAGUGUGUUUUCUGAGCUUUAAUGGAGUUGUAAGUGAAGAUGUUCCUUGGAAUAUGUAUGGAUUUCACUUUGUUCUCAUUUUAUACUUGGUACUUUGAGGGUCCAAAAGGAGGUGGGUUUAGGAAUAACUUGUCUAGGAUGUUGGGUGUUGGGAAUAUUAUUUGCUUUGCCUAGAGGGUUGUGGUUCACAACUUUACAGAAGAGCAUUGAAUUCCUGCUGUACCAAGACUUCAGAAUGUGGUUUUUCCUCUUCUUGGGCGGGCAAAGGCAUUUCUGAAGAACAAGCAAGUGUUUGGUUUAAUGUAAAGUUGGGUCCGAAUCUUGGUGCUCUCCUCUCUAAGUAGCUUUUAUCCUGGCAUGCAUUGAAGAAUCUCUGUUUGAUUAGCUUCUAAUAAAGUGGUUUUUUAUUUUUUUUGA